UAACUUUUCGUCUGUUUUCUUUCCUACUAUUUCUCAAGAACCAAACAUAACCUAAUUGUUAUUGAGGUCCAGCCGUCCGGAGGCCAAGCUCUGUUUUUCUCUCUUCCAGUCUCCCUAGGGCGAAACGCUCUGAUCUCUCUCUUCGGACCAAUCGCCGCUAUAACAGCAAAAGAGAGCUUGGAGAAGGAUUACUUUGGCACUCAAUUUUUCACCUUUUAGCUUGGUGGGCAGAUAGGGAGAUGUUGAGGUUCCAUGUUGGAGGUAAAGUAGUGGAGGAUGUUGAUUUGUUGAGGAAGAGGCACUGGCCUUGGCGCUUGGAUGUAUGGCCUUUCGCCAUCCUCUAUACCAUUUGGCUAGUAACCGUUGUUCCCAGCAUUGACAUAUCCGACGCCAUCAUAGUUUUUGGUGGACUUGUGGUACUUCAUAUUCUGGUCUGGCUCUUCACUGCUUGGUCAGUGGAAUUUAGAUGCUUUGUUCAGUAUAGUAAGGUUAAUAGCAUUCAACAAGCUGAUGCUUGCAAAAUAACUCCAGCAAAAUUCUCUGGAUCUAAGGAAAUUGUACCACUUCAUUUUCGUAAAUUACUGGUAGGUUCUUCAUCCUCAGAUGUAGAAGAGAUUUACUUCGAUUUCAGAAAGCAAUGCUUCAUCUAUUCAAAGGAGAAGGAGACAUUCUUCAAGCUUUCUUAUCCUUCCAAGGAAAGCUUCGGCUACUAUCACAAAAGUACUGGACACGGCUCAGAAGCUAAAGUUGUUGCUGCUACUGAGAAGUGGGGACGGAAUGUAUUUGAAUAUCCACAGCCCACAUUCCAGAAAUUAAUGAAAGAGAACUGUAUGGAGCCAUUUUUUGUUUUUCAGGUCUUCUGUGUCGGUCUCUGGUGUUUGGAUGAAUAUUGGUAUUACAGUUUGUUUACCCUAUUCAUGCUAUUUAUGUUUGAAUCUACAAUGGCAAAAAGUCGGCUAAAGACUCUAACUGAGCUCAGACGUGUAAGAGUGGACAAUCAGACGAUCAUGGUGCAUCGCUGUGGGAAGUGGGUGAAGCUCUCUGGGACAGAACUUCUCCCAGGGGAUGUUGUCUCCAUUGGACGCUCUUCUGGCCAGAAUGGAGAGGAUAAGACUGUACCAGCUGACAUGCUUAUAUUAGCUGGAAGUGCUAUUGUGAAUGAAGCCAUUCUUACAGGCGAAUCUACCCCCCAAUGGAAGGUAUCAAUCAUGGGUAGGGGAAAUGAGGAGAAGUUAUCAGUGAAGCGAGAUAAAAACCAUGUCCUUUUUGGUGGGACAAAGAUAUUGCAGCAUACUCCUGAUAAGACCGUUCAUCUUAAAACCCCAGAUGGGGGCUGCUUGGCUGUUGUUCUACGAACUGGCUUUGAAACAAGUCAAGGAAAACUGAUGCGGACCAUUUUAUUUUCAACAGAGAGGGUUACUGCUAACAGCUGGGAAAGCGGGCUCUUCAUUUUGUUCUUAGUCAUAUUUGCAGUAAUAGCUGCCGGUUAUGUGCUCAAAAAGGGCCUAGAAGAUCCAACAAGAAGUAAAUACAAGCUUUUCUUGAGUUGUUCAUUGAUUAUUACGUCUGUGAUCCCCCCUGAGUUGCCAAUGGAGUUAUCAAUAGCUGUUAAUACAUCUUUGAUUGCAUUGGCACGGCGUGGGAUAUUUUGUACGGAACCUUUUCGAAUUCCAUUUGCUGGAAAAGUUGACAUAUGUUGUUUUGAUAAGACUGGAACACUUACAUCAGAUGACAUGGAGUUCCGUGGAGUCACUGGGUUGACGGAUGCUGCAGAUCUAGAGUCAGAUAUGAGUAAAGUGCCUGCCCGCACUGUUGAAAUUUUGGCUUCCUGUCAUGCCUUGGUGUUUGUGGACAACAAGCUGGUUGGUGAUCCUCUUGAGAAGGCUGCCCUUAAAGGAAUAGAUUGGUCUUACAAAUCUGAUGAGAAGGCUGUGCCCAAAAAGGGAAGCGGCCAAGCUGUGCAAAUUGUUAAGAGACACCACUUUGCCUCUUACUUGAAACGAAUGUCAGUUGUUGUUCGCGUUCAGGAGGAAUUCCUUGCUUUUGUGAAGGGGGCUCCAGAAACUAUUCAGGAGAGGCUUGUUGAUUUGCCACCUUCCUAUGUUGAGACCUACAAGAAAUACACGCGUCAAGGAUCUCGUGUUUUGGCCCUUGCUUUCAAGUCCCUUCCAGAAAUGACAGUUAGUGAAGCUAGGAACAUGGAUAGAGAUGUGGUGGAGAGUGGCCUUACCUUUGCAGGUUUUGCGGUAUUUAACUGUCCUAUUAGAGCAGAUUCAGCUACUGUUCUGUCUGAAUUAAAAGGAUCAUCCCAUGACUUGGCAAUGAUUACUGGUGAUCAAGCUUUGACAGCUUGUCAUGUUGCUGGCCAAGUUCAUAUUAUUUCAAAGCCAACAUUAAUUCUUGGUCCAGCAAGGAAUAGUGAAGGAUACGAGUGGAUUUCACCAGAUGAAACUGAGAUAAUUCGCUACAGUGCGAAAGAGGUUGAAGCUUUAUCAGAAACCCAUGAUCUCUGCAUUGGAGGUGACUGCUUCGAAAUGUUACAACAGACUUCUGCUGUUCUACAAGUCAUUCCCUUUGUGAAGGUAUUUGCAAGGGUUGCUCCUGAGCAAAAGGAACUUAUAUUGACCACUUUCAAAACAGUGGGAAGGAUGACAUUGAUGUGUGGUGAUGGAACCAAUGAUGUUGGAGCUCUGAAACAGGCCCAUGUAGGAGUUGCUUUAUUGAAUGCUAUGCCACCAACUCAAACUGGAGGAUCUUCCUCAGAAGCAUCUAAAGAUGAAACUAGCAAGUCUGUCAAGUCAAAGAAACCCAAGCCUGCAACAGAAACAACCAAAGCCCUUAGUCUGAAUGGAGAAGGCCCUUCAAAAGGCAGAUCUGCCUCAAAGUCAGAAUCCACCAGUCACUCAGCUGCUAAUCGCCAUCUGACGGCUGCAGAGAUGCAACGUCAGAAGCUGAAGAAGCUCAUGGAUGAACUGAAUGAGGAGGGUGAUGGUCGCGCAGUUCCCAUUGUGAAGCUUGGGGAUGCUUCAAUGGCAUCACCAUUCACAGCAAAGCAUGCAUCAGUUGCUCCUACCACUGACAUUAUUCGUCAAGGCCGCAGUACUCUAGUGACAACCCUUCAGAUGUUUAAGAUUCUUGGCCUCAACUGCCUUGCAACAGCUUAUGUGCUGAGUGUCAUGUAUUUAGAUGGCGUCAAACUUGGUGAUGUCCAAGCUACCAUAAGCGGUGUAUUCACAGCUGCUUUUUUCCUAUUUAUCUCACAUGCACGACCCCUUCCUACACUAUCAGCUGCACGUCCCCACCCUCAUGUCUUCUGCUCCUACGUCCUCCUGUCUCUCCUAGGACAGUUUGCCCUCCAUUUGUUCUUUUUGAUUUCUUCUGUGAAGGAGGCUGAGAAAUAUAUGCCAGAUGAAUGCAUUGAGCCAGACUCUGAUUUCCACCCUAACCUUGUGAACACUGUAUCAUACAUGGUGAACAUGAUGAUCCAAGUGGCAACCUUUGCUGUGAACUACAUGGGCCAUCCUUUCAACCAGAGUAUCCCAGAAAACAAACCAUUUUUCUAUGCCCUUUUUGGCGCUGUUGGUUUCUUCACAGUCAUCACCUCUGAUUUAUUUAGGGACUUGAAUGACUGGUUGAAAUUGGUGCCCAUGCCAGUGGGAUUGAGGAACAAGCUACUGAUCUGGGCUUUCCUCAUGUUCUUGGGCUGCUAUUCAUGGGAAAGAUUGUUGAGGUGGGUUUUCCCUGGUCGGAUUCCAGCCUGGAAGAAGCGACAAAGAAUGGCUGCUGCUAACCUAGAAAAGAAGCUACUCUGAAAAAAUGAAACCUGACAUAGUAGAGAGAACUGCAAGCCACCACUACAGCAACGCCUUCUGGGAGAACCGUGCUGGUAAGACAGCAGCAGCUGCAGCAGACGAGCAAUGAAGGUGAUAUAGCAGGACAUUUUUGGUCAAGUAAUUAAUUAAUUGUUGUCUCAUUAAAAAUUAUGAGUUUCUUUUUUUUUUUCCUACCCCCGUAGAAGUUGUUAUCCUUGUUCUUAUAAUGAGAGUAGGACGAUUUGAAAAGGCAUUUUGCCAACUGCAAUUCAAGUUGUCAUGAAAUAUUGAACUCAGCUCAAGAAUGAAGUGAAAACAUUCAAACCA